AACCCUGGUUCAGGGGUUCAGUCUGUUUGCAGCAGCAAUGGCGCUGCCUGUGAAUAUCAAUGUUCUUCUACAGUCAGAAAUAAGUGAGGACUCUCUUUAUAAAGAUGAAGGCGUGUGUAUUUUGGGAAUAUUUGGGAAAAGUGCCGUGCAAACCGGAUGUGCCAAGGAGUCUCUUAUAAACAUCCUGUCAGACAAACAUGUCUUUUCCCUGUUUGGGACCGACGAGCCGGACGGACUGAAUGAACGGAGCUCGAUCAAGGCGUAUUAUAACCAGGAAACCCGCGUGCUGUAUUUGGUGCUAACAUCCAUUUUCGACAACCGCCAGCUUCUCCGGGCGUGUGAGUCUUUAACUUCGGCUGUCGGUCACGCCGAAACGCAGGACUUUUGGAAGGGAGCUGAGAAGGACCACUGCCUUCAGCUACUCUACCUUUUCUCAUUGUGUCACAUCCUGCUGUUAGUUCACCCUACCUGCUCCUUCGAUGUCACUUAUGACAGGCUGUUCCGGGCCUUGGACGCCCUGCGCCAGAAAACCUUACCUUUACUUCGUGGUGCCAUAAAGGACUGCCCCGUGUCAAAGGAAUGGAAGCUGAACUGCAGGCCCUGUCCUCCUCGUCUGCUGUUUGUGUUCCAGAUGAAUGGGGCAAUGAGGGUCAAUACAUCUGGACUUGCUGGAAAUUCCAAUGAUGCCACAGGAGUAGACAAGCCUAAGAAACACUCCCCGAGGAGGCGUCUGCAACAUGCACUUGAAGAUCAAAUCUACCGAAUAUUCCGGAAGAGCAGAGUCCUCACCAACCAGAGCAGCAACUGUCUGUUCACUGUGCCUGCGAACCAGGCGUUUGUCUAUGUGGUUCCCGGACCAGAAGAAGAUCCGAUCGGUUCCCUGCUUGGACAGUUGCGGGCGAACUGUGUGCUGCGUGAGAGCGACCCUGGCACACCUGGCUCAGGGCAAAGGCGAUACCAACAGAUGCGCCACUCUAACCGGCAUCCCUCAUUUAAUAUGGAUAAUAGUGGUCUUGCUUCAUCAGGAGGUCAGUUAUUGGACUGUACUCUUAAGGACUUUCUUUGGCAGCAUGUAGAACUUGUACUGAGUAAGAAAGGCUUUGACGACAGCGUGGGGCGCAACCCGCAGCCCUCACAUUUUGAAUUACCCACCUACUCCAAGUGGACUCGUGUUGCCUCCAGGCUAUACCAAGUCAUGAUAGAGAACAAUGAAGAGGACAUGGCAGAGCUUUACCUUAAAGUUCAGGGACAGCUCAUGGUUCUCGAAGGUUUCCUGGAUGCAGAUGCAAAAUUCUCAGAAAACAGGUGUCAGAAAGCACUGCCACUGGCUCACAGCGCAUAUCAAUCCAACUUGCCACACAACUACACUACCACAGUGCACAAGAACCAGCUAGCCCAGGCUCUGCGGGUGUACAGUCAGCAUGCCAGGGGAGUAGCCUUCCAGCGCUAUGCCUUACAGCUUCAUGAGGAUUGCUACAAGUUUUGGAGUAAUGGACACCAGCUGUGUGAGGAGCGAAGCCUCACUGAUCAGCAUUGUGUGCACAAGUUUCACCUGCUGCCCAAACCAGGAGAGAAGCCUGAGGUGGAUCACAACCCUCCUAUUCUCUAUCACAACAGCAGAGGACGCUCAACAAGUUCCUGUAAUUGUGGCAAGAAGCAAGCCCCUCGAGAAGACCCGUUUGACAUCCAGACUGCCAACUAUGACUUCUAUUUAAUGCUUGAGGAGAAGUGCUGUAGUAAACUGGAGAGGAUAAACUUCCCUGUAUUCCAGGCCAGUACUUUAGACCCAGCACCAGCCUGCGACGAUGCAGUCAGACCUCCAGAAGCACCAGCAUCUGAUGCUGAACGUCUCAAAGAAAAAGAAAGUAUAACACACACACCUGGAGAUAGCACAAGUCUAAGCCUCGCUCUUAGUCUUGGCCAGUCCACUGACAGCCUGGGUGCUUAUGCUGAUGGAGCCGAGGGCCAUGAGAAGAGGCCGAGUGUUGAUCGACAGGCCUCCACCGUGGAGUAUCUACCUGGCAUGCUCCACUCCGGAUGUCCUAAAGGACUUCUUCCUAAAUUCUCCAGCUGGUCACUGGUUAAGCUUGGGCCAGCAAAGUCUUAUAAUACUCUUGUGGGUUUGGAGCAGCCUGGCUUCCUGCCUGGCUCAGCAUUUCUCCUUCCAUGGGACUUGGUAAUCCGAAGCCGCUCGGAGGAUGAUUCUAGCUCUACAGAACUUGAGGGUGGAGUCUCAUCGUGGCCGGCUCCCAAUAAAGUGCCUGCUGGGAAGCGGGGCAGUGUCGGGAUCGGACGCAGCCGAAGGCGUGACGAUGUCUCGCGUGUGUAUGUGGGUUUCGAGUAUGAGGACAGCAGGGGCCGGCGUUUCCUCAGCUCUGGCCCAGAUAAAAUAGUAAAGGUUCUUGGACAGGGAGGGCCCAAGGAGCCAGCCACUCGAGCGCUGAACUCAGACAUGCCCCUGUACAUUCCGUCUCCUGCCCAGGGCAGAGGAAUUAAGCCUCACUAUGCUCAACUGGCUCGCCUCUUUGUUGUGGUUCCUGAUGGACCAGUUGAAAUUACGCUUAGUCCACAGGUUCAACCAGGUCCCCCUCCUUGUCCCAUUUUCCAUCCUGAACAGCCAGAGGUUGUGCUGCCCCCUGAUGGACUGUGGGUGCUUCGAUUGCCCUAUGCCUAUGUAACCGAGAGUGGACCGUGCUAUCCCCCAAAAGAGAAUCAACCACUUGCCAGCUUUCGGGUUCUUAAGGGCAUUUUGCGUGCCAAUACUGCUUGUUCUCCUGCACAGUGACACACGGUACUUAAAUAACUUGAGAAUCUUUUUUUAAGUCCGAAAAUUUUCUUCAUGUUUUAUCCAUCAGUCUGUACCUGAAUCAUGCCCCUUUACAGAUUUCUAAUCAUGAAAAGCAGUUUCAAAAUUAUGUUUAUGUAAUGCCACCUGUUAAGAAUAAAAAUUAUGCUUUAAUUGUC